AUGGUUGCAUUCCAUCAACGCUGGGUUCGCUACAGCAAUAAUGUUAUCUCCUCGAGAAGCAAUUACCUUAAUGAUAAAAAUAUUCACCUUGAGGAGGCAUGUCGUCUUAAAGUACUGUUGAUAUCCGUCCCGGUACAGCGUAAAUCCAACUCGGCCUGGAACAGCGGACUGCUACAGACAGUACAAAGAAAACCCGGUAAUCCAUCCAACAAGCACACGCGUUGCGUGCUAACCUGGGAUGUGUCCUCACCCUCAGCAUCUGCGUCGAGAUGCUGGCGCUUAAUUUUCUCAGUCUCUUCGUCCCCAUUUUCGCCGCGUCUUUGGUAUCCGGAAUCACGAACAACACGUCGGGCCAGAGGAAACAAUUCGUCCCGUCUGGUCAGGAGAGCUGGAACAAACCGGCAAAUUUGCGCAGCAGCUUCAUUUACAGACACCUCGUGGAGUGUCAGCGGUUUCGGGUCCAACGGUCUCAAGUUACAGGCGAGUCUUUCGGCUGCAUCCGCGAGUCGCUGUACCUGCGAUGGCAAUAACGUCGGCGUUACUUGUGUGGGACUAGGUGGUGCUCCUCCGCCACCACUCGGGCUGGGGGUUGUACCACUUCCGCAGGAUGACUCGCAGGUUCCGACCUUAAAUCAUUAUUAUUAA